UAGAGAAUACAUUGUUAUAUUUUAAGUUUAUACAGAAAUACGAACAUAAGAUUUUGACUUUAAUUCUAUAUUCAAUUAAAAUAAAUCUUUUCCUUCAAUGAAAUUGUAUUUAACUUUAACUAAAUUUUACACAUUAUAUUUAACUGAUGUAAUAAUCAAUGGUAUUUCUGUCUGUAUUGUUGGCUGCUAUUUAUCGAUAAAUUUCUAUUUUUCCAUUCUCUGCUUUAGUAUUUCCGCUCUAUUAAAAAGGUGAAAGAUAUUACACAUUUUAGUACAGUUUGCGUACAUACAUACGUACAUAUAUCUGCGAUACCUUACGAAAUUAUUAUAGCACAUUUGUACCAUAUGCAUAUUGUUCUAAAUUAAAUUUUCGGCAACGAUAUAUAUGUAAAUGAUGUCCGAAAGUCGUUUAAAUAAUAUUAUAUUAACUCCUUAUAAACAAUCAUCUCCGAGACAAAAGGAAAAUUUGCAUCGUACCAUGGAAACAUACGCUAUUACAAAUAACGAAGUUGAUACAGAUGGACAAAGUGAAAAAAAAGGUAGGAUUAAUCGUCAAGGACCAAAAAUAUGGGAUCAAUGGGGAAACUGGUCAAGCUGUAGCGUUACUUGUGGUAUAGGAAAAUUAACAAGAUGGAGGCAUUGUAUAGGUGGAAGUUGUUUAUUAGGUGAAAAGAAAGCACAAUUAAAAACUUGUACUCUUGCAGCAUGUUAAUGGUCAGACUAUGAAUUAUGGUAGUUUUUUAGUAUUUUAGGGAUAAAAUUGGUAAAAUAUGUUAAAUUUGAAUAAUGAUAAUUAUUCCAGGGUUGCAUGUUCUCUAUUUAUUAAAUACUAUUCAGCCAGUAAAUUCAAGGUAUAAUUUUAUUUGAUUCGUUAAUGAAUAUUUGUCUGUAACAUUUUAUGUCAGAAAACAUUUUAUAUCUGAAAACAAUCAUAACACAAUACGUACUAAAAUAAUUUUUAUUUCAUAUCUAUAACAGAAACAUGCGAAAUUCAUUUAAUAAUACACACCUCUUAAAUAUUGAAGAUUUUCUUCAGAAUGUAGCAUAUAUUAAUGUAUGAAAAUAAUUGAUAAAUCUAUUAUAUGUCUCUAUAAAAUAAAGUAUUUUAUUCAUUCACUCUUAAAAUAGUCAUUGGUUCUAUAAAUUGUUGGAGGCUCGUACAUUGAUAAUUUAUUAGGUACCACAGGUUCUUGAGUUUUUUU